UCGACCUCCUCCUAUGCGAGGAAAAGGGAACUUAUGUAGGCAGCAAACUCUUGGCAGUCAUGGUGGCUUGGUAAGCUGAGCCGAUUCUCUAAUGCUCCCUAUUGUAGUACAUAAGCGCUUUCUUUAAAGUGUGUCUUGCGUGGCAGUUUUUCUGACGGAAUGAAAGUAAAGCUGGCCCCUGCUGACCAAUUCUGCAACACCUCUAUGGCCCUCAUGUCCUCGGCCUCGCUUAUCCCUCCUCCUCCGAUCAACACAUUUCAACCUGGUGUCGUUACAUCACUUUUGUACAGCGGGUCCAAAUUUCGUGGAUAUCAGAAGAGCAAAGGGAAUUCUUACGAUGUUGAGGUUGUACUUCAGCACGUUACAAUGGAAGAUUCAUAUCUGUGUGGAUACCUGAAGAUCAGAGGUCUGACAGAGGAGUAUCCAACUUUGACGACAUUCUUUGCUGGAGAGAUCAUAAGUGUGCGGUGUCCAUUUCUGACAAGGAAAUGGGAUGCCGAUGAAGAUGUUGAUAGAAAACACUGGGGCAAGUUCCCAGCCUUUUACCAGUAUGCCAAAAUAUUCAACUCAGAUGAUUUUGACUAUGAAGAACUGAGGAAUAGUGAUUAUAUCUUUAUGAGAUGGAAGGAGCAGUUCCUUGUCCCAGACCACACCAUCAAAGACAUAAGUGGGGCUUCCUUUGCAGGCUUCUACUACAUUUGCUUUCAGAAAUCCACAGCCACCAUAGAGGGUUACUACUAUCACAGAAGUUCUGAAUGGUAUCAGUCCCUGAAUCUCACCCAUGUUCCAGAGCACAGCGCGGCUAUAUAUGAGUUCCGGUGAUCCCGACCUGCCAGCUUUUUUGGCAGUGAAAGACUUAUGUUUGUGUCCGCUUAUCUAUGGAUAGCCAAAAACAGACAGUGGAACUACAGAAACUACCAAAUGCUGCUGAAAGUUCACCUGUUUGAAAUUGUGUCAGAGGAUGACACACAGACGGUUGGAUAUUUUUUGGGACUGACAACAGCCUAUUGUUUUUCGAGAGUUUUCAGUUUUCUGAGCUAAUUUUUAUUUUUGCUGAUUUUUUACGGACACCUAGUUAAGGUUGAGGAUUAUGCAGAGUUGGCACAUGACUGGCCUGUGAUAGAGCUCCAGGGCAACACAGACUUGUUAUGUAGAGCAUAGUUAGUGUCUGUUGAAACCUGCAGCAAUGCAAGUUGAAGUUUGAUAAUGCCAGGUAGAUUUGGGAAUGACCUCAUUGUUGAGUAACAGAAGUUUUUCUUUUCCUUUUUUUCUGUUCUGUCUGAUUGCUAAUUACUACUGGUGAACAAAGCUUUGGUUUUUAUGAGUGAAAGAGAAAUAAGUGACUCAAAUGGCAUUCGACAUUUGAAAGCUACAAUGUUCUUGGUGGAAUGUUUGUGAGUUGUGUAAAGUCUAUGACCAUAAAUCUUGGUUCUGAAGACAACACGGUGUACCA